AUGUCAUUUCGAGCGACUGAAGAAGAGAGACGAGACGUUCGCGCCGAGUACAACGAUAGGGUUUUUUACCCUCGCGACAGGGGUGUGGCGGAUGCACCACCAGCAAUCAUUGUCACCCGGCCACCUGAGGAUGUCAAUCCGAUUGCCACCCAGACUGGAGGCAGUCGAAUUCUCCGUCCUUCCGACAAUCAGGAAGGCGAGAUUGUGUUGUACCCCCGCCCCGCAGAUCUGCUCAGCGCUCUGGCGACGCUGGAAAAAUCGGUCCAAAAUCUGACUGCCAUACUCCAACCUGAAGGUGGCAGUAUGGAUGGACCAAGUUCGGUGUUCGAAGACCGCACCAACCAGUCAUCGGACGCAGCAGAUGGUGGAAAACCUGCCGCUGCUGUCCACAAGACCGAGAAUCUUCCCGUAAGCCGCAAUAAAACGGCGCGUCGUCACAGGCAGGUUGUCUCGAAAAAAAGACAUGCUUCCCUCCCUGCGGUCAUGACGCAAGGAGAUGUCGCGCAGAAUCAUCCUCGAGCGGGUCUUCGUCCCUCAGAGGCAUGUCUUCCGCAUAUGGAGGCAAAACAGCGCGUGGCAUUGAGGAAUAUCCUCUCCAGGCAGAGCGCCGACCGUGACAUCUAG